AUGGUUCCGGCAUCGCUAGUAGGCCACCAUCAAGGUGUCCAAGAUAUACCAUCGCCAAGAGAAAGAGGAGAAAAAUACCUCCCACAAGGUGUCUACUUUUCUACAAGUAACAUCUUCUCUCAAGGAUCUUCGGAAAUCUUGACCCUAUGGGGACUACUUCUGGCACCGUCGAAAACUAACUCAUGUCACUCUCCAUCUGUUCAAUUGGCCCCUCGUUUCUUCGUAGCAAUAAUCUUGCUUGCUGCGCCCGGUCUACACACUCGCUUUUUUGCAUAUGUCGUGGUACCUGGAGGACAUAUGUCGGUAUGA